CCGGCUUCCUGACAAAUUCUGACACGUCAACUUUUUGAUGUUGAUGUGUUUUUCGGUUUUACAAUUUUCAAUUCAAUUCAAGAGGGUAGUGCAAAAUUAUUAAAUAAAAAUGUGGAAAUUCCUGACGGUCUUUGCAGUUUUGGCCAUUGCCAAUGCAGCGGAAAACGUGAAUCCGAGUAUAAUCAACAAAAACGUAGAGAGGAGCAUCGAUUUGAAUUCGCAAUUGGUUAAAAUUACCGGAACGAUAACCAUAGAAAACACUGGCAAGCAGGCAGCCAGCAGUUAUUUGAUUGGAUUUGAAAGGGAUUUGCAAGGAAUCGUAAGCUUUAUAGGAGUGCAGGAUUCACAGAAAAAUCCCUUGAAAAUAUCUUCAGUUGCUGUAGUUGGACAAGGUACUAAUGAACUCUUCUACAACGUUCAACUGAGACAAAGUAUAGAACCAGGAAAGACAACCACAAUCAUUUUCGAAAUUGUCCUCACAAAAGCCCUCACACCAUACCCAACUAGUAUUACGCAGAAGGAGAAGCAGCUGGUCAGAUACUUUGGAAACCACUACUUUUACUCGCCUUAUACCACUCGUAGUCAAAAGACAGAAGUUUCAGUUAAUUCAAGAGCCGUAGAAAGUUAUUCUAAACUGAAGCCAGUCAGUCAAACCGAUUCUACUUUAAGUUAUGGUCCUUAUGAAAAUAUUGCUGCCUUCUCUGUAGAUCCACUUACUGUGCACUAUGAAAACAAUGCUCCAUUUUUAACAGUAACUAAGUUGGAAAGGACAAUUGAAAUUUCACACUGGGGUAAUAUUGCUGUUGAAGAAAGCAUUGAAAUCAGACAUACUGGUGCUAAAUUGAAGGGACCAUUUUCCAGAUAUGAUUAUCAAAGGGAAACUACCGCCAAUCAUCAUAGUAUUAGGAGUUACAGAACAAUUUUGCCUGCUUUGGCUCAUAGCAUCUACUACAGGGACAUGAAUGGAAAUAUUUCAACUUCAAGUGUGAAGCCCCGUAAAGAAUAUAUUGAAUUGGAAUUGAAACCUAGAUUUCCCUUGUUUGGAGGUUGGCAAAGCUCAUAUGUUUUAGGCUACAGUAUACCAAGUUAUCCCUACCUCUUUAGAAAAUCAUCAGGAGAAUUUACACUAAAAGUACGCCUGCUAGAUCAUCUUUUUGAUGAUAUGGCUGUAGACGAAUUGGAAACUCGCAUUGUUUUACCUGUAGGAGUUUCAGAUAUAAAAGUCAAAACACCAUACGAAGUGAAGAGGCUACCUGACGGAGUCACUUAUAAAUAUUUGGACAACAUUGGAAGGACUGUCAUCCGAGCUUCCAAAACUAACUUAGUAGAGCAACAUAUCCAAGACAUUGAAAUUACUUAUACAUGGAAGACGCAUAUGCUGCUCCACGAACCAAUCUUAGUCUCUCUUGCUUUGUUCCUUAUUUUUGCCAUUGUAAUUAUUUACGUGAGACUAGAUUUUUCUAUUGGCAAACCAGAACAUUCAAAAAAAGACUAAAAUUACAAAUGCUAAUAGAAUUAUUACAUGUGAGUGUGUAAAAUUGCCUAGGCACCAACUAGAAAUAAUUUUUUGUAUUGUUUCAUUCACGAAUCAUUGUUAAAUAAAAAAGUAAUUUAAACAAUAUUAGUGUUUCAUUCUUAGUAAUCCAAAAUGUUAUUCUCC